GAGAGAGAGAGAGAGAGAGAGAGAGAGAGAGAGAGAGAGAGAGAGAGAGAAUGCAGUAUGGAAAUAAGUUGUAAUAGUUUUUUUGUUUUGUUUUGUUUUUUUUGGUGUCUAAGCUUACCGUUAAUUAAUAUAUGAAAUAUAGCUUUGACACCACGGAUGUUUUGUGUAUGGGGAAACUCGUUGGGACAGGAAUGAUGUCAAGUCAACGAUUGAGGAAUAAAGUGGCGAGUGAUUUGAAACGUGCAGGACCAGUGAAGACGCCGACACGGCAUUAAACAGCCAAGCCAUGCUGUAUUGGUUGCAGCAGCUGCAAAUAAAACGGUGGCAGCACAAUACCAGCCUGGUGAAAAUACCUGCAGAGCCCUCCACUACCUCCACACAGCUCUGCCAACUGCCUUCUGCACCUUGGGAAGGAAGGACAGAGGACUUCCUCCCAGCAGUAAAGACCCCCAAGGGCCUAGUCGGAGAAGCCGCAGCCUGUCUGCCAGACAAGCACCCCAUCACAGAGAUACAGAACACAGUCCUCAAUAUCUGUGGAAACAAGCCAGCUCAGGAGCUGAGACGGAGUGUGUUCAACUUUGACAAGAUUCAGCAGUCUGAAGACUGUCCCUGUGAGGAUCCUGUGACACAGAUACUGGGGGAAACAGGUGCAUCCUUCAGUUGACAGGAAACUGCACUGCAAAGUCUGUGUCUCCUGCUUGGUUCAUGUCUGGAUCAGUUCAAUGCGGGGACCACCACAGUGGCUCUGAAACUAUUACAUUCUUCUCAUGCAGGCACCUCCAGCAACGCCUGUACCUCUGACACCCCCAGCACCUACAGUCCUUUCAGCUCCUUCAGUUUCUUCAGUUACAAACGAGUCUGCGCAGGAAGCAAAGACUGGAGGAAAGAGUUCUCCAUCAAGCAGCAUGAACAAGAGGGAGAAGAAAAUGACCAGUUCUCUUCAGCCUUCUGGGGAGAAGGUGUCAGGAAAGGAGGGGAGCCCCGUGGACAAACUAUCCAGACUCCAGCACGAGGUGUUCACGCUCACUGAGGAGCUCAAGUCACAAAAGGAGCUGGUGCGACUCCUUCACAAGGCCCUGGAGGCAGCACAGCAGGAGAAGAGGACCAGCAAACAGUUCCUGUCAGCAGCAGGGGAGCAGGAGCGGCUGGAACUGGUGCGGCACAAAGAGAGGUGUAUCGCGUUCCUGGACGGCCGCCUGGAGGCCCUGCUCAAAGACAAGGAGGAGCUGGAGCAGCGGCUGGCCAUGCAGGACUGCCAAGUGAAUGAGCUGCAGCAGCACGUGCAGCUCAUGAUGGAGAAGAACAACGCCAAGCAGGAAGUCAUCCUCAAGCUCUCCGAGCAGCGUACCGUAGCCAACUCCAUGGGCACAGAGACCUUCUGCAGGCUGCAGGAGAAGAUUGAGCACCUCAAGGACGAUAUAGAGGCGCACAAGAUCCAAAACAAGUUCCUCAACUCUGAAAUCUACCAGCUUACUAAGCUGUGGAGGAACAGUUCAGAAGAGAAGGGCCUCCUGAUGAAGUGUGCCUACCUGGAGGCCAAAAACUGCCAGAUUGAGAGCAAGUACCUGGUCGUGCUGCGCAGGCUGCAGGAGAGCAAAGGGCUGGACAGCAGUCAGCAGGAGAUGGUGAAAAGGCUCAUUGAGGACUCACUGCAGGGAGACAAGAAGGAUGGCUUUAAACUCAACCCUGUCAGUGAGUAUGACGACUAUGGAUUCAAGACCAUUCCUGAUUAUGAAGUAGAGGACGUGAAGCUCCUGGCCAAAAUCCAGGCCCUGGAGAUCCGUUCCAACAACCUGCGCAACAAUGAGAUGGUGGACAAGCCUUUGCGGUCCAUUGUUUCCAUGAUUUUCUGACUGAGUACUUUAUGUCCUGGAUGUCUUAGCCUGCUGCACCUCAGAUGUCUAAAUGCUUUUAAAUAACACUAAAUCAAAGUGGAAACUAUUUUAAAGACAAUUAAAGACAGUAAGUUUAACUUUGAUAUUAUACUAAAUAAACAAGAUAUAAUAAAGGUAAACAAGUCCCCGAUAUUAAACUGAUUGAAGCUGACACCCUGGAAUCCUUUAAGAAACUGCUUAAUGAGAUUCUGUGAUCAAUAAGCUACUAACAACCAAAUGGGCAAGAUGGGCCGAAUGGCCUCCUCUCGUUUGUAAACUUUCUUAUGUUCUUAUGUUCUAAAGGCAGGAGCAAAAAUGGGUACUUCCUCAAAAGUAAGAUUUCAAAUGAUUUUUGACAGAUUCUAUAGAAAACUAAAGUACUUCUGUGGUACUGUAGUAUUUUUUUUAGUAUGGCUUUACAAACCUUUGUAAUGCUGGUCCUACUGCAGAAGGUACUGAUUCUGUGGCUGUUUUGUAUUUCUUAAAAUUAAUCAUUGUAUUGUGUAUAAAGUGUUAUUUAAUACUUGGCACUUUUCAUCUGAAUUACUGCAGUAACCAAGCAGCAGCACAACCACAAUGCUCAAGGACAUUAUGCUGAGAACUCAGUUUUACAAUGUAUGUUUUAUUCUGUAAGAAAAUGUACUAUUUUUCAGUUACUUUUGUAACUGUUGAACACCUACAGACUAUAAUAAAAAUUACUUUCACUCGCA